CUUUUCAUAACUCGCUUUUAGACGAGCACAGUCGAGCUUCACCAGUGUGAAGACACAGUUGAGAGAUAAAGCAGGCCGGGCCAAGCACAUAAGGCUUGAUAAAGACGUUGUGAAAUUUUUUUUUAUCGCUUUAAAUUUUCUCUAAAUUGUGGCUGAAGUUCAGUUUUUUUUUCUUCUUCGUUUUAAAAGGGCAAGAUGUUAGCAGGGUCGGUUUGCUAUUUUCUUCCUGUUUUUUUUUUUACGAGUGGAGUAAAGGCGUCUCGGCCACAGGACUGAAGUUGUUGUCACGCCUUCUACGGACAAGGAGGCAGGUUCACACAAGCCACGAUCUCGGGAUGUAAAUUUACUGUUUAUAUUGAUGCUGCAGCCAUGGGGACAGCAAUAGGAUUCAGACAUAUUUAUCUACACUUUUUAAAGUUGUAGCAAAUAGAAUAAUUUCCUCCUAAUUCUCUGCGACAGCUUUUCAACAAACCUAGCUUUUCUUUUCUUUUUUUCCCCCCUCCUCCUAUUCCCCAAACCAAGGAACAUCUGAGUGUCCCAGAGAGAGAAACUUGUUUCACAGCUUUGUUGGAUUGACUCUUCAAGCAGUAAUGGCCAUUGCCCGGCUUGAUUAUGUGGCUCCGUGGUGGACAUACUGGCUGCACAAUUUCCCACACUUCAAUUUUCUUUUCCAGUCGGUCGACAGCACUUUCAGACCGGAGGAAGCGAGCUAUCAGCAGUCUCUAAUAGUUUUGGCUUGUGCUAGUGCUAUCGGCCUCGCUCUGAGCCUCCUAACUCUGGCCGUGUACUUGGUGUGUCUAUUCUGCUGUCGCCGGAGCCUGGAUGAAGAAACCAAACGGCCCGACACCUGUUGUGUCACGUGGGUCGCAGUUAUUACAGGUCUCAUAAUAUGUUCUGCUGUAGGAGUGGGUUUCUAUGGGAACAGCGAGACCAACGAUGGGGUCUACCAACUGACCUACUCCCUCUACCAUGCCAAUCACACUCUGGAUAGUAUCAACAGUCUGGUUGAAGGAGCUCAAAGCAAUGUGGAAGCUGGACUUAAACAGCACCUAGAAAGGCUGGAUGAGAUCUUUGCCACCAAGAUUGAGUAUCUCCAGGCUCUGCGCUUUCUGCAGCUAAUGGUCAACAACAUUAUCCGCGAGCUGACGGCUCUGCCAGACAUCAGCAAGUCCAAGAUUGACUUGGCAGCCAUUGCAGACCAGACUGCUUUCAUUGAGUAUUACAGAUGGCUGACUUAUCUCCUGUUGCUGAUCCUUGACCUGGUCAUCUGCUUGGUCAUGUGCUUGGGAAUAGCAAAACAGUCUCAGUGUCUGCUGAUCACGAUCAUUGGUUUUGUGAUACUAUCCUUGGUUCUAAGCUGGGCUGCACUAGGAAGUGGCACCGCAACAGCUGUGGGCACAAGCGACUUCUGUGUGUCUCCAAAUAAAUUCAUUGUUAACCAAACCAAGGAUUUCCUCACUGCAGAUGUUGCACACUAUUAUUUGUUCUGCAGUCCGAAUCUGCAAAACCCCUUCCAGCAGUCACUUACAAUCUGCCAGCGCUCUCUGACCACAAUGCAAAUCCAGAUCCAGGGCCUGCUGCAGUUCUCCAAGCCCAUUUUCCCCACAGCUCAGAGAGACCUUUUAGGGAUCCAGAGGCUGUUAAACUCCACAGAGUUCAAUGUUCACCAGUUAACAGCCUUGCUUGACUGCCGCGGGAUACAUAAGGACUACCUGGAUGCCCUCAUGGGUGUGUGCUAUGAUGGUGUGGAGGGGCUCCUCUAUCUUUCUUUGUUUUCUCUUCUGGCUGCCUGCGCACUCUCUGCCAUGCUGUGUGUAAUUUUCCGACUGUGGACAUUAAUGGGCAGCAGGGAGAAGGAGUACAACGACAUCGAUGAGGAAGACCCGUUCAACCCACAGGCGCGCCGGCUGUCGUUUAACCCCAGAAGGUCCAACACGCACAGUUUCUGUAGCUACAUCAGCAGCCUUGGCAGCCAGGCCAGCCUUCAUCCACCUCCUCAGUCUCAGUCUAAUUCUACCAUACAACCUCCAGAAUAUAUGAAUCAGUCCAUGCUGUUCGGAGGAACCCCUCGAUAUGAAAACGUUCCAGUCAUAGGGGGAGGAUCUCCGCCUCCUUCGUAUUCGCCCAGUAUGAGGACCACAUACCUGUCCAUGACUGAUGCCCAAAUCAGACACUUAAGGACUGACUUCCAGGUGUAAGCUGCUGCCUGCUGAAUCCUUCUCCGUCCAUCAGUCAGAGCAACAGAGUUCCUGCUGAGAAAGCUGUCUUCAUGACAUAAUCCUAUUUACGGGAACAAAAGACUCUUGUCCGAUCUCAAGCAUGAAAGCAGGCCAUAUGAGACAGUUACUUCAGUAAGACGUCAGUGCAGUGUUUGAAGAUGCCUGAAUGCAGUUUUGAAAAGAGAUGGCCUCAAAGACAUCUGUUUCUUUUAUGGAAAUCCUUAAACUGAAAUCGAGACAUUUCUGUCAGUCAAAUUAAAUUUGAACUGCAAUAAUGCAGCCAUGUUUUUUUUUUUUUUUUUAAGUGUCAUGUGAAAACCUUUGACAAUCAUGACUCGGUACUUUGAUGGUGAAUGAGAAGAAGAAUUGGUUCCAUUAAGAUCUUUGAUCAACACCAAAUGUGUUUGACAAUAGUGGGACAAUCUUUUGACAUUUCUGUGACCUAUGGUGCAACAUGAAACAUAGCAUCACCUUUUCUAAAUAUUACUUGCAUAUGUAAUGAAAACUUUAUCACAGCUUGUAAUUUUGCUUAGAAGAGCCAAAUAUGCCUUUUAUCAAUAAGUCUAACUGACAUACCACAGGUGUUUUAUGCAACAUAUGAGGAUGUAGAUGCAUGUGUGAAAUAAAAUUGACAUUUAAGACUUUA